AAAAUUAAGAAACAUGGACAGCCAUAAAUAUUAUUCAAGGGAACUUUAUGAUCGAUAUGCCCAAGGCCAAGAAAAGUCUGUAGUCAAUAAAAUGCAGCAAAAAUACUGGAAAACGAAACAAACUCUUAUCAAAGUCACGGGUAAGAAGGAAGAUGAGCAUGUGGUGGCCUCUGAUGCAGAUCUGGAUGCAAAGCUGGAGCUGUUCCAUUCAAUUCAGAGGACGUGUAUGGAUUUACUUAAAGCAAUUGAACUAUACCAAAAAAGGAUUUGUUUUCUGUCACAAGAAGAAAAUGAGUUGGGGAAAUUUCUCCGAGGACAAGGUUCUCAAGAUAAAACCAGAGCAGGCAAAAUGAUGCAAGCUACAGGAAAGGCCCUCUGCUUUUCUUCUCAACAAAGAUUGGCAUUGCGCACACCUUUGUGUAGGCUAUACCAAGAAGUGGAGACGUUUAGAUACCGAGCUAUUUCUGACACAUGGCUGACUGUCAAUCGAAUGGAGCAGUGCCGUACUGAGUAUCGAGGAGCUCUGUUGUGGAUGAAAGACGUGUCUCAGGAGCUGGAUCCUGAUCUUUACAAACAGAUGGAGAAGUUUAGGAAGGUCCAAGCACAAGUCCGUCAUACAAAACUGAACUUUGACAAGCUGAAAACUGAUGUUUGCCAGAAAGUGGAUCUUCUUGGAGCAAGCCGAUGCAAUCUUCUGUCUCAUGUGCUGACAACAUACCAGACAACGCUUCUUCAUUUUUGGGAAAAAACAUCUCACACCAUGGCCGCUAUCCAUGAAAGUUUCAAAGGCUAUCAGCCAUAUGUAUUCACUAUGCUGAAGAGCUUACAAGAGCCUGUAAAUAAACUGACGGAGAAUGAAGAAAAGGAGGAGCUGCGGCUAGAGAACAUCAAAUCAAAAGAUGAUCAACAGAGUCAGUUGAUUUCAUUAGAUGAUGAAAGCCACUCCAAGGAACUGGCAGGCUCAGCAGAAGAUGCCAAGGACAUCCUGAGUACCUUUGGGGAGAGCUUCAACCACAGAGAGAAUUCAGGAGCUAUAGAUGACUUAUUAGACUUGAAACCUGAGGAAAAUGUGGCAUCGAAGGACCCACGUGCAACCUCCUUGGAGACUGAGGCUAGUGACAAGGAUGAUAUACUGUUGCUGAAUGAGAUUCUCAAUGCAUCUUCUUUGGAUGACAGCGAAUUCAGCAGGGAAUGGACAGCUGUCUUUGGAGAGGAUCCACUUGCCUACAUGGCCACACAUUCUUCAGGAGGAGAAACGGAGAUCAAUCAGUCAACAUCCUCAUCAUCAUCUUCUGGCUUCCUUCCUUCUCAGCUUUUAGACCAAAAUAUGAACGAUUUACAGUCCUCCCUUCAAGGUUGGGCAGCCAGCAGCUUCAGCCCUUCCCCUGCGCCGCAGAUAGCGCAGAAAUCCAGCAACCCGGUCACGAACAUCAACAAGAUGCCCAUGAAAGAAGCUGCAAGCACCUCUAAAGAUUUAACUGCUUGGUUUAGCCUCUUUGCUGAUCUGGAUCCCUUGUCCAACCCAGACGCUGUUGGGAAAACAGAUAAAGAACACGAAUUGCUCAAUGCUUGAGCAACGCCUUCCUUCACCCUCCAUCAAGACUGUUCUGGGGGCUCUAGCGGAUUUAUAGGAGGAGAUCAGUGUGC